AUGUCUGGAAAGUCUUAUAUAGUCACUCUCAAGGACACAGUUCCUGAAGGCGAAGUCUCUAAGUUCAAGCAAUUUAUCGACAGCUUGGGAGGAGCCAUUACCCAUGAGUUUUCGCUCAUCAAAGGCUACACCGUGCAUCUGCCAGAGGCGUUGCACAUCGACAAGCUGAAGGACGGGUUUGGGUCCAUCAUAGCCAAUGUGGAAGAGGACAAGGAAGUGAGCAUCCAGAAAUGA